UUCCGCGCACUCACCCUCGCCGAGCGCUUAACAACGCUUCUUCCUUUUUUUCCCCUUUCCAGGGACCCUUUCUCCCGACUCUCGCUCCGCCGCUUCCUUUCAGAGCCCACCCACAGUGUGCGCUUCUGCAAAGCUACGUAAGAAAGGCUCGAGGGAUGCGGUAGAGGGUGUCCACAAGACCACGUGACCCCCUCGGAGACAGACUACAAAAGCGGGAACCCGGGGGACCGUCCUGCUAGUCGGGCUUCCGAGCGAGAUCGUCCUCUUUGUCUUUCUUACCAAACCCCUCUCCCACCACGCAUCUUUAGUUCUACGGAACCAAGACACCGAUUUUUUUUUUCCAUUCCCUUCCCGGUACAAGAGGGCGGAACUUCUCGUAGAUUCUGACGCAGUCCCGAAGAACGUUUCUGUGGGUCCGAGUGAAAGUGCACUUUGUCCAGAAAGUGAGUGUGCAACGCGGGAAACUUGAGCCGCCUCCCGACACCGCCGCAAACAACACCAUCCGAAGAUGAGCCCGAGCUGUCCCGUGCACCGGCGGUGGCUGGCAGCGCUGUUGCUGGUGUCCGGCACGCUGGUGUCGCACCAGGGAGCCCAGGCCAGGAACCUGCACAAGAGGAGCUUCCUCGAGCUGGGCUGCAGGGGAAACUUCGAGCAGUCCUACCUCGCCCGGCUGGAGAGAGUGUGCGAGGAGUGCUUCGGCCUCUACAGGGAACCCCAGGUCUACAACAUCUGCAGGGAAAACUGCUUCAAGAACGAGAACUUCUUAAAGUGCGCCGAGGCGUUGUUGCUGCACGACGAGAUGGAAAGUCUGAAGGGCAAAGUGGACUACCUGUACAGCCGAUGAACAUGGCCGAGGAGAUCAUCGACUGACCGCAGCGCCACCACCUCGCGCCGACACCGACCACCCGUUGCGCUGGUGGGCUGCGGCAAUCGCGGAAACACUAGUCCGACGACCGAAGCAACCCCGCCGGGAACCCUUCCUUCCAGCACGCGUUUCGAGAUUUUGCUAAAGAGCCGCUUACGAGAGUAAUUUAUUGAUGUACAUGCCUGUUAAGUUAAUGCCAAUAAAAGCUGAAUCAAAAGAUGGC